GGACGUAGUCAAAAUAACCGCGCAAAAGACACAAAAAAACAUAUCCCCUGCAUUACAUCCCCAUCCUACCUGCUCCUACACCACCACAUCAACACUUACGUGGCGCGCAUUCGGCAACAAAACCGGGUAGAUAACCUGACGAAUACGUCGUCGUAUCAUCAUCUCCACGUCCAGCUUGUCAGCUCAACCGGUUUUCCUUUCCAUCUCCGGUGACCCCACUAAGCACACGAUCUUCCAGUAAUUUCUCCCACCCUCCAUUAAAUCAAACCCUUUGAUCUUCAGCUUCCCCAUCAUCAGUUUCUACAGCAAUCGUGCUUCGUGAUCUCUGAUUUCGUAUCACAGUCUUACUGAUCAUCUUCGCCGGAGCAAUACGAUGAUGUCUGGUGAUGAUUUAGAAGGCAGGGUAAGAUCGAAGAACAGUACCAGAACUACAGAAAAUUAUCAUUCAUCGUAUGCAGAAAGCUAUUGGACUUCAUGGUUGAUCCCUGUUUUCGUGGUUGUUAAUAUCGCUGUUUUCGUUGUUCUCAUGUACGUCAAUGAUUGCCCUAAACACAAUCGUUCGCGUAUCUAUGGCAAGUGUGUUGCGAGGUUUCUUGGUCGAUUCUCGUUUCAGCCCCUUAGAGAAAACCCUACCUUUGGUGCUUCAGCGAACUCCCUCGAGAAACUGGGAGCUCUUCAAUGGCGGAAAAUCGUGCACGGAAAUCAAGGAUGGAGACUUGUCACCGCUAACUGGUUACACGCCGGAUUGAUUCAUCUAGUCGCUAAUAUGUUAAGCCUCGUCCUCAUCGGCAUUCGCCUUGAACAACAAUUUGGAUUUCUUCGCGUGGGAUUGAUCUAUCUGUUAUCAGGAUUCGGGGGUAGCAUUCUUUCUUCAUUAUUCGUCCUUUGCACAUCAUGGUCUCAGUUGGUGCCUCCGGUGCUCUCUCGGUUUACUCGGGACAAUGCUCUCCGAACUCAUCACAAACUGGACAAUCUACUCCAACAAGGCGGCAGCAUUGAUAACACUUAUCAUCAUCAUUGGUUUGUUUUGCUACCUCGACCUCAAUUUGGGUGGUUAGAAAGACACAAUCUUCCAGCUGAUGUUCGUGUUAGAUCCAAAUACAAGGUUUAUCAGUAUGUGUUUGGUUUGAUUGCGUUAGUUCUUCUUGUUGCAGGAUUUACGAUGGGAUUGGUGAUGUUGUUUCAUGGAGAAAAUGGAUACAAGCAUUGCCAUUGGUGUCGCUAUUUGAAUUGUGUGCCUACUUCAAAAUGGGAGUGUAAUAGUAGUUAGUAAGUGUGGUAUAAUAGUGUGUGAAUAGUUGCAUAGUUUUUUUUUUCUUUGAAUUUGAUUGGUUUUUGUGUUGCAUUUUGUUUAUGAUGUUUGUAUUUUUGUUGAUGGAACUCUAUAUUUAUUCAUUCUUAGGGCAUUUAUAAUCUA